UGAAAGGCCCCGCCUCCUCCCAUUAGGACAUGCCUCUUCUGGUUGAGGCCACACCCACUCAGGACUCCGGGGUACCGAAAAUGAAUAAGACUAUCAGACACCCCAAGAUCUUUGUCCAUGAUGCAAAAGGACUGAAAAACUUUUGGGAAAAAAUCAUUGAAAAACACACUCAGCAACAACAAGGCGAAGACUCUAGAUUAAGCAGAAGUGCCCUGAAGAAACUCCGACGUGAAUGGACCCAGAGGCUGGAAGGCCGAAUAAAAAUGCUACAAAAGUCCUGUGGAGAGCAGGAAGGACAGAUGUCCCUAUUAUCAAUUGAAACAUUUCAGCCAAUAGAUAAAACAGCUGCAUAA